GAGCAAAAACUGGCACGAGCAAGAAGUACAAAGAUGAAAAAAUUUAAGCGAUAUGCAAUGAUUGGUGCAGCAUGUGGUGUUGGUGGCGUUCUAGUUGGUUACAAAAUGCAGAAACGUGUUGGUGCGAUCGAAGAAUUUGUAAUUCAACCGCUUGCCGAAGGACGAAGUUUACAUUGUGUGCUAGCAAUCAGUGGAUGGAUUGAAGAUGUUAGUUUCACGAAUUUUUUCCAACUUUCAACGGAAUCAGGAAUUCCUUGA